CUUUCUUUAUCAUGAUUUAUUUAUUUGUUUAUUAUUAAGGCAAAAGGCAUUAAGCUAUUGCUAAAUGCUAAAAUUUCACAUCUCUCAGCACUAUCAGAGGGAAAUUUGAUUAUAUCGGGGAGUUCCCAUUUCUUUGUUUAUAUUACAAUUUAUUAAUUAUUUACUCUCUCCUGUCCCUUCUCACCUCACCUCACCUCACUUUUCCAUCCUCUCUCUCUCUCUCUCUCUCUCUCCUUCUCCUCUCCUAUCUUCAUCUCCUCUUCCUCUCUUUUGAUAGUGUUCCUUUCAUUUCAUCACUGGGUUUUGUUUAGGCGCUUUUCUUCCCUUACACAGAGAACAUAGAGAUGUCUUCGUUUUUUUCAAGGAUUCCUUUUUUAUUUUAAUUUAAAUGACCGACCGACCAGCCUAUUGACCGAUCGGGUGAUCGAUCUUUUCUUUGGAUCUUCCUUCGCUUCCGUUCCUCAGAUUUUAUGAUUCUAGGGCUUUGAAGGAAGCUCUGUACGUAAUUAUUGAAAGAAAAGGAAGUUUUGUACGUGAUCAAUUAAUAAUUUGGGAACUUUGAAUAAAAUUGGCUCUGAUGCAAGGGCAGAGGAGUACUGUGGAUUCCUUUCCUGAAGCCUUUGAGUUUGACCAUGGGUCUAGUUCCAGUAACAGCAACAUUGACCAGCAGCUGUUUUGGAAUAAUAUGUUAGUGGAAAACCGGUUGCCAGAUUAUAUAUUAUCUCCCAGCGAAACCAAUAUUGCAUAUGGGAAUGGUGUUAGUCAUGAUGGGCAGAGCUUGAGUGGCUGGAGUCUCGGUGAAUCUAGCUCAAGUGGGAACACUCGGAAUCUGCGUGAUGAAACUAAGAUGGAACAUGGUUGGUCAUCUUCCUUUAGUUCCCGUGCUGGAGCUGGACCCAGGCUGGAAGAAAGGCGAUAUGAGACAACUGGUAUUCUUUCUCUUGGUAAUGUUGAUAUAAACCUCAAUAGUAAUCAGGCUACAAAUGAGUCUAUGUUUUUGCAGAGUUCCAGUUCUGAAGAUAUCCAUCAGAAUCUAAACUUGAAUGCAGGAUUUGUAGGAAGCAGUAGCAUUGGUGGUCAAGUUAUGGAAGGUGGUGUAUGUUCACACAUGUUUAAGUCUUCUGGACUUGAAAAUGAGCCAAUCCCAUCUUCUAGUGGUCCUGCUGAUCCCUUUGGAAGUACUUCUGCAAGUUCUGGGUAUUUGGCAGAAGAGAAUGAUGAGAGACCAGGUUGUUCAUUAGAUGGUCGGCGUUUGUCCUGUAAAAGAAAGGCCCUUGAGGGAGCUUCUGGUCCAUCUUCCUUAAGUGGAAACCCAAGCUGCUUUCAGCGAGCUGAAAACAGUGCAUGGCAUGCUGUUCCUGCUCAUAAUAAUGCUAGUGGCAGCUUGAGUAUAUCUACACCUGGGGAGAGCCCUCCUGGUGUUAAUCCAGCAGAACGGUUAAACCCAGAAAUUGGUAUUGGUGUGAGAGUAGCAUCUGAAAGCCAUCCUGUUUUAAGUGCAGCUGUAAAUGCAGAAAGUUCUCAUAGAAAUUUCCGUUUGAGAACAAAUCCAGCACACCAACAUGAUUCUAUACAGCCUAAUCUAUUGUCAGCAGGGAGUAACAUAAGGCGCUCUCAGUUCUGGUCACCUCACCAAUCAUCUAGACUUGUCCCGUUUAGUCAUUCUUUGGAGUCAAGGCAUACAGCUACUUCAGCCAAUGCAACUGGACAGGGCCAGUCUCAUGUAAUGCAUAAUCUUGGGUUGCCGCGAAACGUGCACCCCCUCCCAUGGAAUGGAGCUUCCAAUUUAAGGGUUGGAAAUUCUUCUGCCAUUCAUGGAGAGAGAGGCAGUGCAUUACGAGAAGAAGCAAACUCAAGAAGCAUUGCCAGGAAUAUUUCAGAACACCCUGUGUUUGUACCCGUAACUGAGAUGAGAAAUUUGGUUCAAGAUCCAACAACUUGGAGUCUAUCCAAUGGAAGCACAAGCCUUCCUGGGAAUGUUGCCUCUACUUCUCGAAUUGGAUCAAGUUCAAAUGCUCAUCCAUCUCCUCCUAGCUGGGUCCAUCAUAAUUUCCCCACUCAGUAUCCGCAAAGGUUAUCUGAACUUGUCCGCCGAUCCUUGUUUCCUUCUGCUGGUUCUGAGUCAGGGAGCCAGAGCAGCAAUUUCCCACCACUGCGUUCAGGGCCUGGUGCAUCUUCACAAGAGUUGGUGCCUUUAUCUGGAUCCACUCACCAGGGACAUCAUCAGCCACAUCCAAGGUCAGCAUUCUGGAUAGAUAGACAAGGUGAUGGUGUUGUUGGGGUUCCGUUUUCAUUGCGAACUUUGGCUGCAGCCAGUGAAGGGAGAAGUAGGCUAGUAUCUGAGCAGUUACGCAGCGUCUUAGACCUUGUUCGUAGGGGUGAGGGCUUAAGAUUUGAGGAUGUUUUGAUCCUUGACCAGUCGGUAUUUUAUGGAGUGGCUGAUUUGCAUGAUAGGCACAGAGAUAUGCGGCUUGAUGUUGAUAACAUGUCUUAUGAGGAAUUAUUGGCAUUGGAAGAGCGUAUUGGCAAUGUGAGCACUGGGUUAAGUGAAGAAACCAUUUUGAAGUGUCUGAAGCAGCGAAAGUAUUUAUCUAUGACAAUUGUAACUCCUUCAGAGGUUGAGCCAUGCUGUAUCUGUCAGGAAGAAUAUGUCGGCGGUGAAGAUUUAGGGACACUGGAUUGCGGACACGACUUUCACACAGCUUGCAUUAAGCAAUGGCUAAUGCAUAAGAAUUUAUGCCCUAUAUGUAAAACAACGGCUCUGGGUACAUGAGGACCAUUAAUUUUUAGGUCUCACUGUCACAGAUUAGAUAAAAAGAGGGUGAGUCCUGAAAAUAUCCAUGGUUUAUUGAAUUCAAUGAAUCCAACACCUUGGAUAAUAUCUUGUUUUUUCUUUCUCCAAA